AUCUUUCGUACAUAAUACAGUUUCUUCAUUCCCGGCAUUUCUGUUGAGAAAUAAUAUCUUAGUCUGUGGUUACCACAGGGCACAUAAUUACCGAAUCAUAGUAUUUAUUAAAAUCUUGUCAAAUUUUCGGUACAGAACUCCUGAAACACCAUGGCCGAAAACAGCUCUAAGUUUUGGUUCCUUACAUUUGAAUAUUUUAAAAAAGAUGUUAAUAAACCAGAGGACAAUUUGGUCAUAUUAGUGCAUUGGUUGUUGCUGAGAAACAAUUUCCAAGUACUUGGACUGCUUGAUAAUGAGGAUAAAGCUAAUGAAGCCCAACCAACUGAUAUUUUACCUACAAAUUGGUCUCAAAAUGAGAUGCACAAAUUGCAUUAUAAGCGUGACAAUGAAUUAUUUUUGUUGAGUGGUGUCAAAGCUUGUGAUAGCUUUAUUUUCAAUUUUUAUAAUGUAAUGACAAAACAUGUGGCAAGCGCUGCAAUUGGAAAUAUUAAUUCCGCAGUUAAAUGGAUCAGUGACGUAGCAAAUAAUAAAGAUAAGUUCUAUGAAAUUAUUUGUUUGUUAGAAACUGACCUAAUUCAUCCCAUGGAAAAAGAAAACCUGGAUAAGAAAACUAUCGGCACUCAGACUAAAAAAUCAGUGGAGGAUGAUCCUCUUGUAAUUCCGAGUGCACAUCCACCAAGUUAUCGACCUGGACCAUUUGAACCAUCAAAUCCAUUUCCAUCAUAUGGCAUGCCAGAUUUGAAUCCUUUAGGAGGUGGUGGUAUGCUCUUUGAUCCACUUAUGCAGAGAAGAGGACCAAAUAGACCUGGGGUUCCUCCAAUGGCACGUUUUGAUCCAACCCGCCCAAUCAAUCCAGAUCCAAUGAUGCCUGGUAGCUUUAGAGGACCACGUCCAGAUCACAUGAGACCACCAGAUUUUGAUGAUAGUUUGUAUAUGUAAAAUAAUCAUGUGAAAAACCAUUCAAUUUAUCUAUAAAUAUUAUUAUAAUUUUAAAAAAAUAAAUGCAAAAAAAAAGUUUCAA